CCUGCCUCCCUUUCAGAUUUGCAGUGGACGGGAAAUCGAAAGUGAAAUAAGGAAGCGGCUGCUAUCUACUGCGUCCAUUGAAAAGAUCUCCCCAGCACUGCUGAAGAGGAGCAUCACGCCAAUGGCCUCAGCCAUACCCUUGACAAUGAUGUGGGAGGAGGUCACGUGCUCUAUCUGCCUGGAUCCCAUGGUGGAGCCCAUGAGCAUUGAAUGUGGUCACAGCUUCUGCCAGGAGUGCAUCUCUGAGGUCGGGAAAGACGGGGGCAGCGUCUGUCCUGUGUGCAGGUGCCACUUCCUGCUCCAGAACCUCCGGCCCAAUCGACAGGUAGCCAACAUGGUGGACAACCUUAGAAAGAUCAGCCAGGGUGCCAAGGAGGGCCCCCACGGGGAGCUGUGUGCGGUGCACAGAGAGAAACUUCACCUCUUCUGUGAGGAAGAUGGGAAGGCCCUUUGCUGGGUGUGUUCCCAGUCCCAGAAACACCGUGAUCAUCCCAUGGUCCCUAUUGAGGAGGCUGCUCAGGAGUACCAGGAGAAGCUUCAGGUGGCAUUAAAGAAACUAAGAGAUAAGCAGGAGUUGGCUGAGAAGCUGGAACUGGACAUUGCAAUGAAGAAAGCAUCCUGGAAGGGGAAAGUUGAGGCGCACAAAUUGAGAAUUCAUGAAGAGUUUGUAAGGCAGAAAAACUUCCUGGCUGAAGAGGAGCAGAAGCAACUGCAGAAGCUAGAGGAGGAGGAGAGGCAACACCUGAGAACCCUGGGGGACACAGAGGCCAGGCUGGCCCAGCAGGUCCAGGCCUUGCAGGAGCUGAUCGCAGAGCUGGAGAGGAGGAGGCGGGGCUCGGCGCUGGAGCUGCUGCAGGAGGUGAAAAGUGUCCUGGAAAGGAGUGAAUCCUGGAACCUGAAGGAGCUGGAUGUCACCUCCACAGACCUGAGGAAUGUAUUCUAUGUGCCCGGGAUUAAGAAGAUGCUGAGGACGUGUGGAGUACACAUCACCCUGGAUCCACAGACAGCCAAUCCAUGGCUCAUCCUUUCGGAGAAUCGGAGACAAGUGAGGCUUACAAACACCCGGCAGGACGUGCCUGAAAAUGAGGAGAGAUUUGAUGCUUACCCCAUGGUACUGGGUGCCCAGCGCUUUAACUCCGGGAAAGUUUACUGGGAGGUAGAUGUGACGGGAAAGGAAGCCUGGGACCUGGGGGUUUGUAGAGACAAUGUGCGGAGGAAGGGGCAGUUUUCGCUCAACUCCGACAAUGGCUUCUGGAUUAUCUGGCUGUGGAACAAACAGAAAUAUGAGGCUGGCACCUGCCCCCAGACUCCCCUCCACCUUCAGGUGCCUCCAAGCCGAGUUGGGAUCUUCCUAGAUUAUGAGGCCAACACUGUCUCUUUCUACAACAUCACUGACCACGGCUCCCUCAUCUACACCUUCUCCGAAUGUGCCUUUGCUGGACCUCUGCGGCCCUUCUUCAAUCCUGGUUUCAAUGAUAGAGGAACAAACUCAGCCCCUCUGAUCCUCUGUCCACUUAAGACAGGCUGGUAGGGAUCCAGAUGAUUCUGUCUGGACACAAGCAACCCCUCUGUUGGUUCCACUUCUUAGCCAGUGACCCUGUCUCAUGUGCCCAUGAACUCCAAACCACCUUUGUCUCUGCAUAUGUGUCAGGAUGCCGCAGGCAAACUGGCACAAAGGUCACCCGCGGUCUAUGUCAAAUGACCUACAGCACCAGUAUUCCUGUCCUAUGUUGCUUUAUGAUUCCCUCCAUGAAAGAAACUACUUGCAUUUGGCCCCCAAACUCAUCUGGAUCAACUAAAGCAUGUUUCUACCUUCAUGUGACUCAAGUUUUGCUUUUUCCUCUCCAUCUCUAGGCUUUUGGUCCAAUCUCUACUAUAUAUCUUGCAAAGUGAAAGUGAAGUCACUCAGUCAUGUCCAACUCUUUGCAACCCCAUGGACUGUAGCCUACCAGGCUCCUCUGUCCAUGGGAUUUUCCAGGCAAGAGUACUGGAGCGAGUUGCCAUUUGCUUCUCCAGGGGAUCUUCCCAAUCCAGGGAUCGAACCUUGGUCUCCCGUGUUGUAGGCAGACGCUUUACCAUCUCAGCCACCAGGGAAGUCCCAUGUAUCUUGCAAAGGACUUCCUAAAUAAAUUGGUCUCAAUCUAUCCUAUCAUUCCUACCUUGUACACCUCGAGGAUUAUCUUCCCAACAGACAUCUGAUCAAGAGUGGCUUCACAGUGCCUAUAGGAAAACAGGCAUUAACUUUUAAAAUAAAGGCUGAAUUAUGCAUGCCUUAGGUUGCCAUGUUAAAUAUCUAACCAGCUGUGAUCCCUCAUUUCCACUGUUAUCUCCCCACCACAUCUUGUUGACAGUGGAGUUGGUUAAAGAACAUAUCAACAUAAAUGGCCAGUGUGAUAGUUUUUUGAUAGACCAACUUGCCUAGGCUAUAAGCCCCCAGAUUUUCAAUCAAACACUAAUCCAGAUUGUUGCUAUAAAGGUAUUUUUGUAGAUGUCAUCAAAGUCCAUAAUGAAAGUGAAAAGUGAAGUCGCUCAGUCGUGUCCGACUCUUUGUGACCCCAUGGACUGUAGCCUACCAGGCUCUUCCAUCCGUGGAAUUUUCCAGGCAAGAGUACUGGAGUGGGUUUCCAUUUCCUUCUCCAGAGGAUCUUCCUGACCCAGGGAUCAAAGCCGGGUCUCCGGCAUUGCAGGCAGAUGCUUUACCAUCUGAGCCAAGUCCAUAAAGAUUUGACUUUAAAUAAGAGAGGUUGUCCUAGAUAAGCUGGGUGGGCCUAAUGUUCAAUCAGGUGGAAGUCUAGAGGCGGAGCUGAGGCUCCUGUGAAGAAGAUAGUCCACUUGUGAAUAGCAGCUCCAACUCAUGCCCAAGAGUCUGAACUUCACCUUCCUGGAUAAUCUGCCCUGUGGAUUUUAUGACUUGUCUGGCCAGCCCUCCCAGAUGUAUAAGCGAAUUUCUUAGCAUAAGCAAAUCUCAUAAUAUUUAUUUCCUGUUCUCCUCUGGUUGAACCCUGACUGGUGUGAAGGCCAGGAAGGAGGUAACAGCAUCACCUGAUUUCAGCAGACACUUUUCUUGAAUUUAAACUUUUUAAGUUGGCACAAUGAAGCUCUACAUGUGAACAUCAGUAGGCUCCCUGAGAGCCACUGUCCUUCCAGGAAAUAUGAUUCCUUAUCUAAAAUAGAAUCUCAGAUUGCCCUUAGCACAUAUGCUAAAUAUUUCAUGAAAAACUUAGAUACUACACAAAGAUGUCAGUGACCUUGAAAAAAGCUGUUGUUUUUAGGUCUUAACCCUGGACAGAAAGAAGGUACUUUGAUGGAAAGAUAGCAACAAUGGAGUCCUCAGGCAAGAGACAUCAUAGAGCUAACUCAAUGUAAGUUGUCGAAGGUGACCAGUGCUUUGGUUGAUAACACUAGAGAGAAUAUGGAGAAUUUAGUUCAUCAUGAAUGGGAUGUGCUGGGGGAGGGUUGGAUUCUGUAUAUCCAAUAUGGGUCAAAGAGAAAUAUUUUUUAUUAGAAGGGUAGAUUAUGAAAUCAGCUUUUCUACCUCUCUGCUCUGGGCAUGACCAAUGUAAUUGAUGGUGGGUUUUUUCCCCCUUCAGUUGAUAUGCUGAUGUGAGGACACUGCCAUAAUGAUAUAAACUUAAAUAAAUUUUUAUUUCUCAAAAUC